AUGUCUGUUCCUGUAGUAACGAAAAGAGUUACCCUUCAGGUGGAAUCUUGUGACUACAUCCCUGAUGUCAAAAUAAUCAAGCCCAAGGUGUUUCCCGAUGAUCGCGGCUUUUUUUCCGAAACGUACAACAAGAAAGAAUGGAACGAGGAAAUCAACUUUGUAGAAUCGUUCGAACAAGAUAACCACUCAUUCUCUCGUUACGGUGUUUUGAGGGGACUACAUGCACAGGAUGGCAUGGGGAAACUUGUUUCUGUGAUUCAAGGGGAAAUAUUUGAUGUAGCUGUGGAUGUACGUAAGGGUAGCCCAACCUUUGGAAAAUGGUUCGGAGCAAUUCUCAAUUCCGAGAACAAACAUGCUCUCUGGGUUCCUGAUGGGUUCUUGCAUGGUUUCCAAUGUUUAUCGGCUGGAGGAGCGCACGUAACUUAUAAGUGUACGAGCACGUACAAUCCUGCUACAGAAUAUGGUGUGAACCCAUUUGAUGAAACAAUAGCGGUGAACUGGCCAAUUUCUGACAAAACUGAAAUCAUUGUCAGUGAACGUGAUACACAGCAUAAGAACCUCAAAGAUAUUUUCCCUGAUUAUAAUUGA